UGAGUCCUUGCCGAAACGAGCAAAGCGAAAAGCAGGCCACGCCACAAACAGCUAUCUUGUGGUCAAUUACACAAGAGGAGCGCGGGGGAAAGAGUAUAAAACAGCAGUCGGACAUCAAGUUAUCGGAAAAACAAGGACAACAUUGCGACGUGGCCAUUUUGACCAAUAAUAAUAAUGGUUAUGUUGCUGCACUCGAAGCGACCACUCCCGCCAUCAGCAGCAAAUCCCACGAGAACGCGGCGGAAAGUGCCGCCCACGAGACGGAGGCGGUCCGGAUGGGCGUGGUCGUCUCUGCUGGUUCUGGUGGUCCUGGAUAUAGUCGUAUCCAGAUCCACGGCGGCCGGCAUUAGCUACAGCAGUAACAGCGGCAACCUGAGCACAUCGCAAAAGAGUCCCUCUUCGGUGAAUAAUGGCGGACUCGUGCUGAUCGGCUCCAGCAGCGCCACUUCCAGUUCCGUGCCCUCAUUAUCCCUCACUUCAUCCUCGUCGGCGGGCUCGUCCUCGUCCUCCCCGAGCAGCUCCUCUGCCACGAGUAGCAGCGGAUCCAGUGGCAACCGCAGUGGAAGACCCACCGGCAGCAGCAGCAACUCGAACUCGAACUCCAACCCGAAUCACGAUCAAUUACCCGCCCAGCUAUCGUCGCGGAUUAUACACACACGCAACGGCGCCAUAUCGGGCGUAAUUGUCCAAUUAGAUGGCAGGCACUUGGAUCCGGUCGAGGCGUACCGGGGAAUCCCCUACGCCUCGCCGCCGGUCGGCAAUUUGCGGUUCAUGCCGCCUGUCUCGGCGGCCAUGUGGUCAGGUGUCAAGAAGGCGGACAG